AUGGAUGAGCAGACGUUCAUUCCCGGAACUAUGAGAGCACUCUAUCACUGCCCGGCCUCGACGGCCAGGGACCUGGACCUCCCUCGAGUGGAUUCGGAGAUCGUGUUUGACUCUGACUUCCCGACUCCCAAACCGGCGCCGAAUCAAUAUCUCAUCAAAGUCCAGACAGCUGCGUUCUCUCAUGACGAGUUACGACUAGUUCGGGAGCUAAAUCCUUCGAAAUCCAUUCCCCAUAUUCCCCUGCAUAAUUUCUGUGGAACGGUCAUCGGCACCCCUUCGGAAGACCUCUAUAAGCCGGACGGCCCCAAAUUCAAAGUCAGCGAUGUUGUGUUCGGACUGAUAAACCACAUCCGCGAUGGCGCUGCGGCCGAUUAUGUUGUCGCAUCCGAAGACGAAAUAGCCCUGAAACCGAAGAACAUCAGCGCGGCAGAGGCAGCCACCAUCCCUCUGCCUGCGCUCACGGCAUGGCAAGCCCUCUUCAUGUACUCACAUCUGGACCCAACCAACGCCGAUGACCCGCGCCGUGGCCUGCGUGUCCUGGUGACAAAUGCUCACAGUAACCAGAUAGGGACGCAUAUGGUCCAGUUUCUGCGGUCUCCCUCGCUGUUUCCAUACUAUCGACCAUGGGUUUGUGCCACCUGCUCCGGCACUGCGCAGGAAUAUUUGCGGACCGAAGCCCUAGUCGACGAGGUCAUUGACGCGCCUCUCCCCGUGUCACAGGAGUUCGAUCUCCCGUCGUUGUUCCGCCAGAACCGCUGGGAUCCAGUCGACAUUGUCCUCGACUGCGCUGGCAUGCAGACCUUCAAACAAGCCCACUCCCCUGAAGUAGUCAAAGACUACGGCGCCGUGCUAACGGCGGUCGACAGCAGUCCGGUGCAUGGCCACACCCCGGAAGAAAAUGCGCAGUGUCAAAAGAGGGGACUUCUGAGUCGAUUCAUCGCUGUGCAGCCGGACGGGAAAGCUCUGGGACGCAUCGCCAUGCUGGUUGAGGAGAACUCCGUUCGUGGCCGGGUCGAAACCAUAACGGAUUUCGUCAAUGGGGCAGAUGUCUUAGAGUCUGGUGCGGCGUGUGCCGGAGGGGGAAGACGGGGAGGAAUGAUGGUUUUCCGAGUAAAUAUUUAA